AUGGCGCCUCAAUCCUCGCCAUCGUCCUCCGCACCAUCUCCGUCCUUAAAGCGCAAGCAGCCAACCAUCUCGAGCUUUUUCACUCAAAAACCUUCCUCAACUCCGCAAUCAUCAGCCGCUCCUAAAGAUCCCGAGACCCCGUCUGUAAAGCCUUCUAAAAAGAGACCUGCAUCACCCGAACCAGAGCCGGAGCCGGAGCCAGAACCGGAGGCAAACCCCAUACUUGAAGAUGACGAUGACGAUGAUGUUGUUGCACCACCACCCAAACGAGCCCGGAAGAAUGGUCUUACCCCCAACAAGCAAUCCAACAAGAUCGGUCUCAUGUCCGACAAAGAACCCCAAACCUUAACGGAAUCUCCACAAAAUCCACCAUCCCAAUUGAGCAGCAGCCAACGAACCGACAUCUUCAAAUUCCAAAGCUCGCAAGCCGCACCGUCCACCCAAAAUGGAAACAUAGAAGAUGCGCAGCGCAAGAAAGAAAAAGAAAAAAUGCACGAGAAAUUCGUGCGGAGACUCGGCGGUGCAGAUUGUUUGAUCGGUAUUGGACGAAACGCUCAUGCUACUGAUGCUGGCGCCGUUGAUGCCGAAGAAGGCGAGGAAGCCGAUGCAGACGAUGAGCCUGCUCCUCCCCCUAAGAAAGGGAAAGCCGCUCCUAAGAAGGGUGGUAGUAAGCUUACGCCGAUGGAGAAACAGGUCAUCGAUAUCAAACGCAAGCAUAUGGAUACCGUGCUUGUCAUUGAAGUUGGAUAUAAGUUUCGGUUCUUCGGAGAAGAUGCCCGAAUUGCGGCGAAAGAGUUGGGAAUUGUUUGCAUACCCGGCAAAUUCAGAUUCGAUGAACACCCCUCCGAAGCUCACAUCGACCGCUUCGCUUCUGCUAGUAUCCCUGUUCACCGAUUACACGUGCAUGUGAAGCGUCUUGUUACUGCAGGCCACAAGGUUGGAGUGGUGCGCCAGAUCGAGACGGCUGCUCUCAAGGCCGCGGGUGAUAAUCGCAAUGCGCCAUUCGUCCGGAAGUUAACCAACCUUUACACGAAAGGAACUUACAUUGAUGAUAUCGAGGGGCUUGAAGGCUCCGUGCCUGCUGCAGGGAGCUCCUCUCCGGCUACGGGAUAUAUGCUGUGUAUCACGGAAGCUAAUCUCAAAGGCACUGGAAAUGAUGAGAGGGUGCAUGUCGGUAUUGUUGCUGUUCAACCCGCCACUGGAGAUGUUAUCUAUGAUGACUUCGAAGAUGGCUUCAUGCGAAGUGAGAUCGAGACAAGACUGCUGCAUAUUGCGCCUUGUGAGAUCGUCAUCGUUGGGGAGAUGUCCCGGGCCAGCGAGAAGCUUGUGCAGCACCUAUCUGGAAGCAAAACCAAUGUUUUCGGAGAUGCAGUGCGUGUUGAGCGGGUUCCGAAAAAGAACACCGCCGCUGCGGAAGCCCAUAGCCAUGUUGCAAGUUUCUAUGCUGGCAAGAUGAAAGCAACUGGUACGGAAGAGGAUGCGCAGGCAGCCAAGCUCCUCCAAAAUGUCCUUGAAUUGUCAGAACACCCUACAAUCUGUCUAUCAGCUAUGAUUAAGCAUAUGUCGGAUUAUGGACUGGAACAUGUCUUUGAUCUGACGAAGUACUUCGAGCCAUUCUCUGCUCGAUCACAUAUGCUUCUCAAUGGAAAUACACUGGUUAGUUUGGAGAUAUACCAGAAUCAGACGGAUCACUCUGUGAAGGGUAGUCUGUUCUGGAUGUUGGACCGUACGCAGACGCGAUUUGGUCGGCGGCUAUUACGACGUUGGGUUGGGCGGCCUUUGCUGGAUAAGGGCCGCUUAGAGGAACGCACCAAUGCAGUUGAGGAGUUGAUGAGCCCUGCUCGGGUUAUUCCCGUGGAUAGGAUCAGAGGGUUGUUGGGCAAGAUCAAAAGUGACUUGGAACGGAGUUUGAUUCGUAUUUAUUACGGCAAGUGCUCCCGACCAGAGCUUCUCACUGUUUUGCAAACCAUGCAAAUGAUCGCAAUGGAAUUUGCAGAUGUCAAAUCUGCUGCUGAUACAAGCUUCAAGUCGCCUUUGAUCAGUGAAGCUAUUGCAUCUCUGCCAACUAUCCAGGGAGAUGUCACACAAUACUUAGACAAGAUCAACCUCCAUGCUGCACGAACCGAUGACAAGUAUUCAUUCUUCCGCGAAGAAGAGGAGACUGAAGACAUCAGCGACCAGAAACUGGGAAUUGGUAGCAUCGAACACGAGCUAGAGGAGCAUCUAGCCGUGGCUGCAGAGCGCAUAGGCAGGAAGAAAGUCCAAUAUGCAACAGUUUCUGGAAUCGAGUACCUCAUCGAGGUUGAAAACAAUUCCUUAGGAAUCAAGCGUGUCCCAGCAUCCUGGGUCAAGGUCAGCGGAACAAAGAAGAUCUCCCGAUUCCACACACCCGAAGUGAUCCAAUUCAUCCGCCAACGAGACCAAUACAAAGAGGCCCUAGCAGCAGCCUGUGACAGAGCCUUUGCAGCCUUGCUAGCAGACAUCUCGGCCCAAUAUCAAGCCUUCCGCGACUGCGUCCAGUCUCUAGCAACCUUGGACUGCCUCCUUUCCCUCGCAACAAUCGCCCAACAACCCGGCUACGUCAAACCAGAAUACACAAACCACCCAUGCCUCCACGUCGAACAAGGCCGUCAUCCAAUGGUCGAACAACUCUUAACAGACACCUACGUUCCAAACGACACAUCCCUCUCCACGGAUGGCACGCGCGCCCUCCUCGUAACAGGUCCAAACAUGGGCGGUAAAUCCAGCUAUGUCCGCCAGGUCGCCCUAAUAGCAAUCAUGGGCCAGAUAGGCUCCUACGUCCCCGCAGCCUCCGCCCGCCUAGGCCUUCUAGAUGCAGUUUUCACCCGCAUGGGUGCCUUCGACAACAUGCUAGCAGGCGAAUCAACAUUCAUGGUCGAACUCUCCGAAACAGCAGACAUCCUCAAACAAGCUACCCCUCGCUCCCUCGUCCUACUAGACGAACUGGGCCGUGGAACAUCCACUCACGACGGUGUCGCUAUCGCACAGGCAGUACUGGAUUACAUGGUUCGGUCGAUUCGCUCAUUGACCUUGUUCAUUACGCAUUACCAGCAUCUGUCAAAAAUGGUAGCCGCAUUCCCGGACCAGGAACUGCGGAACGUGCAUAUGCGGUUUACGGAGUCGGGUGAGGAGGGCGAUGAGGACAUUACCUUCCUGUAUGAAGUUGGUGAGGGCGUUGCGCACCGGAGUUAUGGGUUGAAUGUGGCUCGGUUGGCGAAUUUGCCAUCUUCUGUUAUUGAGUUGGCGAGGCAGAAGAGCUCAGAGCUUGAGGAGGAAAUUAAGCAAAAGAGGUUGGUGGCACUUGUGGGGGCUGUUGAGAGAGUUGUUGGGGAGAAAGGAGAUGUCGAGGAUGAGAUGCUCGAUCGAUUGCUUGCGAGUGUUGCGCAGCUUUAG